AUGGAUUUAAAACAUUUAAUCAGCGAACGUGAAUCUAUUAAAGGUGAAAUCACCAGAAUAACUGAACAAUUAGAAUCAGAAUUAAAUAGUUUAGAUGUCUUUGAUCUGGAAAUUCUACAAGAGGAAAUUAUCAAAAACUUUGAACAUGUUCUCGAAAAUCCGCAACUAAAAUCAGAUGCUGAGAAAUUAUAUUAUUUAAAAAGCUAUUUAGAAAGUGAUGCACUACAUAUUGUAGACGUUUUACAAGUGAACGAUAGAAACUUGCAAGUAGCUAUAAAAUUGUUAAGAGAAACUUAUGAAAACAAAACAAAAAUUGUACAUGUAUAUUUCUCCGAAUUAUUGAACAUACCGCAGUUAAGUAAGCACAAUCCUACCGAACUUUCAAAAUUUGCUACUAUCUGUAGGCGUAACUGGACACUCCUACAGAAUCUUGAGCUUGAUCACAAAGUUUUAUUAGAGGCAUUAAUAACUUAUCUUUAUCAACAAAAAUUAGAUUAUGGUUUCAAAAAAGAGUUUGAAAAAUGCAGGAACAGGGAUACCUUACCAACAGUAGAUGAAUUUUUACAAUUUCUUAAAGAGGAAAUUGAAAUACUCGACAAUGCCACUGGUAAAACUAGCCAAUCGCAAACUUCGCAAAACUCAUUUUCGCACAAGAGGUCACAAAGUAAAGACAGGCCGUCCACAUCUCAAAGCAUCCAAGAAAAUCAAGCACGUCCAAAUUCGUCUAGUCUAUCAGCUCUCUCGAUAAAAAACAACUUAGUGUUGUUAGCAACUGCACAAGCAACAAUUUAUAAUCGACAGAAUCAACCUGUUAAGGUAAGAAUUCUUCUGGAUAAUGGAAGUCAGAAUUCCUUUAUCAGCAAAGAACUUGUACAAAAACUCAACUACACCCCGUAUAAGAAAAUCUUAAACAUUUCAGGUAUAUCUGAAACUAGUACUUUGUCUAACGAAAUGUUGGACAUAGUGCUACACUCAAAUGUUGACCCCUCGAAGAACUUCGAAAUCUCUUGUGCUGUACUCGAAAAAAUUACCACGACUAUUCCGCAAGUGAAAGUGAAUGUAGAUCACAUAACAAUUCCUUCGCGGAUUGUGAACAAAUUAGCUGACAAAACUUUUGCCACACCCGGUAAAAUAGAUCUGUUAAUAGGAGCAGAUGUUUAUUAUGAAUUGUUAACUUAUGGUCUCAUCAAACUAGGUGACGGCCUACCUACUCUCUUUAAUACCCAUUUGGGUUACGUUAUCUCGGGAAGACUGAACUCCCAACAAGAAUCAAAAAACCCACACGCUAUCUCGCAUCAUGUAGCCAGUGAAACCGAAGACCCUAACCCGGACACUGAAUUACAAAACACUCUCUGCAAAUUCUGGGAGAUCGAAGAACUCCCAAACCUAAAAUCUCUAUCAACCGAAGAUGAACUGACAGAAUUCAUCUUCAAAACCACAACUAAAAUUCUCCCGAACGGACAUUUCCAAGUGGAUAUUCCGUUAAAGUCCGUCACAGAACACAAAAAGUUAGGUGACUCCCUCGCAGUUGCCAAAAAGAGAUUUUUCUCUUUAGAAAAACGCUUACAACAAAAUCCCGACCUCUAUUCGGAAUAUAAGAAAUUUAUUCAUGAAUACUUAUCUCUAGGACAUGCGAAAUAUGUACCACUAUCGUCGCAAAAUUCACGUUGCGAAAACAAAUAUUUUAUCCCUCACUUGCCAGUUUAUCGACAAGACCGAGUUACGACUAAGCUGCGAGUCGUAUUUGAUGCUUCUUGUAAAACCAACUCUGGUUAUUCAUUAAACGACAUUUGUCUCAAAGGUUAUCAAACUCAACCCAACCUAUACGACAUAUUGUGUAGGUUCAGAACCUUCAAAUACGCGUUGAUAGUUGAUUUGGAGAAAAUGUUCAGACAAAUUCGAAUAAAUCCCAAAGACCUAUUCCUCCAAAAUAUUUUGUGGAGAGACUCAGCAAAAGAACCAUUAAAAUGCAUUGAAUUACAAACAAUAACUUACGGUAUGAAUUGUAGUCCAUUCCUCUCAACGAGAGUUCUGAAUGAGAUUGCAAGUACCAAUAAACAUCUCCCUCUAGCCUCCGACGCUGUUCUUACGCAGACGUAUGUAGACGACAUUUUAACAGGGUGUGAUUCAACCGAAUCCCUUGAAAAACUCUAUUUGGAACUUAAAUCAAUGCUUGAACCAGCUGGUUUCCACUUGCACAAGUGGGGAUCUAACUCUCAAACCUUUCUAAAAAAGAUAUCGCAGACUCGAAUAACUGAAUUUGACAUAAAUUUAGAUCAAUCUCCGUCUAAAGUCUUAGGCGUAAAAUGGAAUCCCAUAAGUGAUGAGUUCCAAAUAUCGGUACCCACUGAACUCGUCAGUGAGGACAAUAUCACCAAGAGAAAUAUCUUAUCACACAUUUCACAGUGCUACGAUCCUCUGGGGUUUGUAAACCCCGCUAUCGUUAAGGGAAAAAUGCUAAUGCAAAAAAUCUGGAAAUUAAAGUGCAACUGGGAUGAUAAGAUCACCGACAAAGAAAUAAAUAGGAAAUGGCAAGAAUUUCUAAGCACCAUCUGCCAAAUCAAGGACUUAAAAAUUCCUCGUCUUAUCUUCAAUAACAAAGAAAUAAGCAAAAUCGAACUUCACUCCUUUUCAGAUGCGAGUACUGAAGCGUACGGCGCAUGUGUCUACAUUAGAACUAUCUACACUGAUAAAACAGUUUCAUGUGUACUGAUAUCAGCAAAAUCACGCGUCGCACCUUUGAAAACUAUCACAAUUCCCAGACUUGAACUCUGUGCAAUGCUAUUAUCCGCGAACCUGACUCAAGGAGUCAAAAACAUUUUGGAACCUAAAAUCCACAUAAACUCAGUUAACUUAUGGACGGACUCUCAAAUUGCACUGUGUUGGUGCAAAAGCCACCCAAGUCGAUGGUCGACAUUCGUAUCAAACAGAGUAGCGAAAAUACAAGCGCUAACAACAAAUUUCCAAUGGCGGCACGUAGGAUCAAGCGAUAAUCCCGCUGACCUGCUGUCGCGUGGAAAAUUCACACCUGAAAUCUACUCCAUGUGGUUUAAUGGACCCAAAUACCUCAAUGAGUUCAGUUCAGGUUUCCCCCAAUACGAGAUUAAUAAGAAUCUCGUCAACGUACCUGAGGAAAGAAAGGUAUCCCUGACAACCAUUUCCGAACAAUGUAACUUUUGGCAAAACACCUUUUCACGCUUUUCUUCAUUUUCCAAAUUACAUCGCACAGUGGCGUACGUCCUACGAUUUACACACAAUUCGAGAAACAAAGAAAGUCAAUUCAAAGGACCUCUGUCAGUCAGGGAACUAAAUUCAUCAUUGAACUUCAUUAUCAAACAAGUUCAAAAUCAGUCCUUUUCAACAGAAAUAGCGGAACUUUCAAAGAAUAAAAACUUAUCAAAUAAACAACUUAUAUCCUUAAAACCAUUUCUAGAUACAUCCGGCUAUCUCCGUGUCGGAGGUAGACUGGAAAACGCUGAAAUAUCCUUUGACCAAAAACACCCUAUCUUAUUACCUUCAAAAAAUCAUAUAACUUCCCUUAUCCUCAAACAACAGCACGUUCGUUUAGGGCAUGCUGGCGGACAAAACGUCUUAUCUAAUGUGCGAUUGCGCUACUGGCCUCUUAAUGGUUCAAGGCAAAUCAAACAAAUAAUUAGAGACUGCAAGGUUUGCUACCGCUUGAAUGCGCAGACAGCUCGACAGAUAAUGGCCGACCUUCCGAAAGAUAGAGUCACAUGCUCGCGUCCUUUUCAAAAGGUUGGUGUCGAUUUUGGAGGCCCUUUCUUCAUAAAAUCCUCUACCUUACGCAAAGCUCCCGUAACAAAAUGUUACAUAGCAAUUUUCGUAUGCAUGGCGACCAAAGCCGUGCAUAUUGAACUAGUAUCCAACCUCACUACGGACGCAUUUAUAGCCGCUUUAAAACGCUUCGGAGCAAGACGGGGCAACCCCACUGUCAUAUACUCAGACAACGCAACAAACUUUCUUGGAGCUAGAAAUAAGUUGAGAGAACUUUAUAAACACUUUCAGAAGAACGAAUUCAGCGAUGCUAUACAAAAUUAUCUGACGCAAAACGAGACACAAUGGAAAUUUAUUCCACCAAAAUCUCCACAUUGGGGAGGAAUUUGGGAGGCUGCUAUUAAAAGCGCCAAGUAUCACAUCGCAAGACUCAUCGGCUUAACAAAACUAACAUUCGAACAAUUCUCAACUAUUCUUAGUCAAAUCGAAGCAAUAUUAAACUCACGGCCUCUGAGUGCCUUAUCCAACGAUCCCUCAGAUUUUCAAUAUCUAACUCCUGGUCAUUUCCUGAUCGGAUCAAGUCUAACAGCCUACCCAGAGAAAGAUUUAACACAUGCACCAGAAAACAGACUUAAAUUUUGGCAGCAAUGUGCGAAAACUCAGCAACUGUUUUGGAAAAGGUGGUCUGUGGACUAUUUGAAUAGACUGCAGAAUAGACCAAAAUGGCUUAAAACUUAUGAGAAUCUACAAACAAAUGAUCUCGUCCUUUUGAAGGAAGAAAACGUUCCACCUCUCUAUUGGCCUAUGGCAAGAGUCAUUGAGGCCAUAAGCGGACCUGACGGAAAAGUCAGGGUCGUACGCCUAAAAACUAAAACAGGCGAAACUACUAGAGCUAUAACUAAACUGUGCCCACUCCCCAAAUAA